AUGCCCUCCCUUGCUGCCGUCAUAUUUCUUUGGUGUGCUUGCUUCUUUACGUUCUCCACACAGGCAGCGACACUUGAAUCGAGCCCUUGUUAUCGCUACGACGGCACGCUCAACGAUUACAGUUACAAAGGCUUCGACAAAUUCUUCUCGUGCAAGCCAGAACAGGAAGUCAGCCACUGCUGCUACGGCCUCGAUCUAUGCUUAGACAACGGGCUAUGCAUGGGCUUCAGUCCAGAUCUUAAAAAAGACCGUGUUCUGACGUUAGCGGGCUGUACCAAUCCCUCCUGGCCCCUACCAUGCCCGCAGCACUUUGUCAGGGACAGGCACGAUGUCCCAGACGGAUGGCCCAAAAUCACCCUAUGGGCAUGCAACACCUACAGCGAGUACUGCGUUUCGUCAAAAGAAGUAGCCGGCGUUGAUCCAGGGGGUGCAUCGUGCUGUGCUAAUACAAGUCUGCGGAUCACGGGCAUCCCGUGGCAGAAGAGCAUGCACAUGGCCAUGGACCCCUCAAGGAGAAUCGAUAUUUAUACGGGCGAGCUACCGAUGGUCCCUGGAUAUGGAGGCGGCAAUGACUCGGGCCUCCGCGACCUUGUUCUUACGGUUGUGGUAAUAGUUCUAGCGGUAAUUGCUGUGCUCAUUGGUUACUGCCAAUGGCAAUUCCCGAAACUACGGCUAUGGGGCUGGAUACGGCGCCGAAGGACUGGGACUAGGCAGGCUGCUCCAAGCUAUCAGGGCAACGCGGCUGAUUCAGUGGGGGCAGGAGGGGCGGUGGGAGAUUCGGAUACCGUUGCGGAUGUAGAAGCCUCAGCGGAACCUUCAGGAACUGUCAGAAAUCCGAAUACUCCAAGCGUCCAGGUGGAGAAUCCUUUUGAGUCCUACCGUGAUAGCAUCCGCGAGCUACUAGAAAUAGAGGACGGAUGGAGAGAGCGAUAA